AUGGCCGCGUAUCCGAAACGGUACGAGCCCUGCCUAGCUCUACGAGGGCGAGACAUUCCUUGUCUUUUCUGGUUCGAAGAUGCGCUUGCGACAUACGGUGUCCCUACCGUGGUGUUCGACCUUUACCUCCUCGUUCCCGAUAUCGAUAAAGCCGCCAACGCUCUGGCCGAGAAAGGUUGGACCGACGCUGGGCCGCAGAACUCAACCUACCACUUCUUGAAGGCGCCGAUACCACAGCGCCGCUUGAAUCCCCCAAACUUUACGCCACCCGACUGGAAACCGAGACCUGGGCCACCAUCCACGGAACCACCUGGGCCAACCACCACCGUUCUCCUUCCCGCUACCGACUGGAACGUUCCGGUCGAGAAGCUACGCCUACCCUCCCUAGAGGGUUUCAUACCGCCUCUCGCCCUUCUUCUUGACGCCUUAAUCGACAGCCUUCUCGACGCGCCCCUUGGCACGCUCCUCUGGAUUCAGCUCAAUACCUUUGUCUCCUACCUUUAUGGCAAUUGCGCAUCACUGAAAACACAGGACUUUGCGGCCAAUCUUCAGCUAGACCAUCGUCAAUUCCACUACGAUGCGCUUUCGAAGUGGAUUAGCGGAAUACCUUUCCUCAGGGAACAGCGCCAGAUCCGAGACGAAAUAAGAGAGGGGAAGCGACAGCCACAGCGCAAUGCCUGGUAUUUCCAACCGACUUAUUAG